CUCUCUACAUGAACGAAGAAGCACGGAUGGUUUAAGUAUCCAUUGUUCUGAGAAUUGUAUUUCAGACAAUCGAGAACUAGCUGAAGAAAAGCUACCCCCCAUUUCUCCCUAUGGUGAGACCUUCCUUAUGAAUUCUCCUGAAGACAUGGAAACCUACAGCAAGGAACCUUCAGACGUGUUAGAAGAGUAUAAAGAGAAGAAAAGAACGUCUAGCAGAAAAAGUAAUCAACAUCAGAAAAACUCUGAAAAUGUAAAAGACUCUGAAUUAACCUCCCAAGGUGACCAGAGUCCCCUUCCAAACAGAUUUGUUGGUGAAGCCGAAUCCUCUUCAUUGAAAGAUUGCUCUCGCUACGCUUGGAGAGGAAAAUAUAAACCUACAAAGGGCCUCGGAGAAUUCAAAAGUGGGAGUUUGGAUCUUGAAGUGAAAGAGCAGGUGUUUUUAUCCCCAGAUGUUUGCGAUGAUGAAUUAGUCCCUGGCUACAAAGACACAAUCACACCUUAUGCCUGCUUUUACGCUCCGGCAGCGAAGAAGGUUAAGGAAGGUUGGCUCGAUAAACUCUCGCCUCAAGGGAAGCGUGUGUUUCAGAAACGCUGGGUGAAGUUUGAUGGUGAAAGCAUGGCUUAUUAUAAUAAUGACAAGGACAUCUACUCCAAGGGCAUCAUUCUUCUGUCUGCGAUAGCUACAGUCCGGAUGCACAGAGACAACAAGUUUGAAGUGGUGACAGCACACCGAAUAUUUGUCUUCAGGGCUGAGAAGGAAGAGGAACGGAACAACUGGGUAACUAUGCUUUUCACUGCUCUCCGGUCCCUCCCGGCAAUUUCCCGAGCACGGACAGCAGUUCCUCCAGAAAAAAGCGGCUAUCUGGAAUUGAAAGGCUAUAAAACCAAAAUCUUCACCCUGCUGCAAGGGAACAGCGUGUGGAUUUGCAAGAACAACCAGGAUUUUAAGUCUGGUUAUGGCAUCACAAUCAUACCGAUGAACGUGGCUAACGUGAGGCAGAUUGAUCGGACCGCAAAGCAAUGUUUUGAAAUAAUUACACCUUAUCGAAGCUUCAGCUUUACUGCCGAAUCUGAGAAAGAAAAGCAGGAUUGGAUUGAAGCGCUCCAGCAGUCCAUCGCCGAAACUCUGUCUGACUACGAAGUAGCUGAGAAGAUCUGGUUCAAUGAAUCGAACCGGAUUUGUGCUGAUUGUAAAACUCCUGAUCCCGACUGGGCGUCCAUCAAUCUCUGCGUCAUCAUUUGCAAGAAGUGUGCAGGGCAGCACAGAUCGUUAGGACCCAGAGAUUCAAAGGUGCGAAGUCUCAAAAUGGAUGCCAGCGUUUGGACCAAUGAACUCAUCGAGCUUUUUAUUUUGAUAGGCAACGAAAGGGCCAACAGCUUUUGGGAAGGUAAUCUCCAACCAGAUGAAAAAUUACAAGUGGAUGCCCCAGAUGACAAGAGGCUAACUUUUAUUACCCAAAAAUAUAAAGAAGGGAAAUUCCGAAAAAUUACGCUGCUGUUUAAAACCAAAGAUGAGUUAAACAAGGCGCUCUGUGCUGCAGUUAUUAAGCCCGAUGUCUUGGAGACCAUGAUGUUAUUGUUCAGUGGAGCAGACGUGAUGUGUGCAACAGGUGAUCCCGUGUUCAGCACUCCAUAUUUGUUAGCCAAAAAAUCCGGGCAGAGGUUGCAAAUGGAAUUCCUCCACCAUAAUAAGUUUUCAGAUUUUUCCAACCGUGAUGGCCGCACCAACACCACUUCCUCUCCCGAUUCCCCCUUACCAUCCUUCCUUUAUGAUAAUUUAUACAUGGUUUCCUUCAACCCUUCCAAGCUGUUUAGUGAGAGAAAAAUUAAAGAAGAGUGCAAUAAGAGAUGGUGCGUGUUGGAAAGCGGCUUUUUGAGUUACUAUGAGAAUGAGAAGAUGGCCACCCCAAGUGGCACAUUGGACAUUGGUGAAGUCAUCUGUCUUGUCAUUCAUAAGUCGGAAGACACCUUACCCACGGGAGUGAUGUUUACCUUUGAAAUCUACUUACUGUCAGAACGCGCAUUUCUCUUUGGAGCUGAGACGGCGCAUUCUCAACGAAAAUGGACUCGGGCCAUUGCUAAGCACUUUGUACCUGAAUUGGCCAGAGGUCUUCAGGAAAGAGAGACUGAUGUCAUUGGCCAAUUGUUCUACAAGGAUUGCCAGGACUUGGAUAAUUGGAAAAAAGGCUGGUUUGCUUUAGAGAAGACGAGCUUGUAUUUUUGUCUCGAACUGGAAAAUUUGCAAGAGAAUUCAAUGUAUCUAAGGCGGCUCCAGGAGCUAACGAUCAGCAGCUGUGUCCAGAAUGGAGAAAAAACAGAUGUUCUGCUACUGGUCGAGAAAGGAAGAACAUUAUACAUCCGCGGCCACACCAAGUUGGAUUUCAUCGCCUGGCAUAGCGCUAUUGAAAAAGCAGCACGUACCAAUGGCAACCUGUUAGAAGAUCAGCAGCUCAGCAGAAAUGAUGUGCCGAUUAUAGUGAACAGCUGUAUCGCAUUUGUUACGCAGUAUGGUUUGGGAAGCAAACAUAUUUACCUGAAGAAUGGAGAUCCUUCAUAUGUGAAGGAGCUUUUGGAAUGUUUCAAAAAAGAUGCCAGAAGUGUUAAGCUGAGAGCUGGGACGAACCGGCUGGAAGAUGUUACGGAUACACUAAAAUAUUUUCUUUGUGAAAUAGACGAUGCACUACUGACCAAAGAACUUUAUCCUUUUUGGAUCUCAGCAUUAGAUACACUGGAUAACAAAGACAGAGUGAGAAAAUACAGCACUUUCAUUCGCACGCUUCCACCUGUCAACAAAGCAACUCUGGCAGCAUUAAUGGAACAUCUUUACAGGGUUCAGAAGUGUUCAGAAAUCAACCUGAUGGAGCCCCACAAUCUGGCGAUGGCUUUUUCCUCCUGCUUGUUUCAAACCAGAGGACAAACAAGUGAAGAGGUUGAUGUGGUUGAGGACUUAAUUGUAAAUUAUGUGCAGCUUUUUGAUAUUCAGCAAGAUCGUGUGAAGCAAAUGGACAUUGAGAACAGCUUCAUCACCAAAUGGAAAGACACACAAAUUUCUCAGGCUGGAGACUUGCUAAUUGACGUUUACGUGGAAAGGAAAGAACCCGACUCCAGCAUUAUAAUAAGGUUUCUGCAGCACAAGGCCAUGUGUCCACUAAGCGGGAAGGCAAGGAAACCAUCUGUUACAAAAAAUCCCAAAAUCGUUGGGCUACCUUUAAUACCAAUUCAACGCAACCAAAGUUUCCCAAGAACUAAAGCCAGCUUACUUGAGAAUUCGAAACCGGAAACAGAACGGGACUUAGCUGAAGAAAAGACCAGUUUAAAGGAACGAGUAUCGCGAGUUGUUCAACAUAAAGAACGAAAGGAGGAAAAAUUCUGGAACCAAGGAAGAAAGCAUCGCAGCCUGAUCUGUCUGGACGACAUGGCUGAAGGUGUGGUGAACUUGGACCGCAGAUCCUGCAAGGAAUCAAAAUCCCCAAAAAGGAAUGAGAGCAAAGCUAGAGAAACACAGCUGGAACCUGAGAAGCAGCUGCCAGCAAAUGUUCUUCAUGAGCUCCACAUGGUCUUACUGAGGACCAGAGCUCUCCAUGAUGAGACUUAGAAGCCCUUCAGAUAUGGACAUCAAAGAAAUGAAUUAUUUUAAUGUACAGUGUACAGACUUUCAGUGUAUUUAAGUGUAAAUGUUGAAGUGCUCUCUAUUCAAUUUGGGAACCUUAAUAAUUUUGUACUGAUACCUGCCGCUAUCAAUAUCUCCAUUUAUUUCCCAAAACAAUGUUGGUCUGUGGAGAGAUUCUUAGUCCUCCAGAUCAUGGUUGUUCCAAAGGUGCUUUUUCAGAAAGCAACUGGACUUUGUUCUUCCUUGAAGACGUUUCGCUUCUCAUCCCAGAAGCUUCUUCAGUUCUUUAGGAAAUAAGGAUUUCUGGGAGAAAAUAAUAUUGUUCAAUAUUUUUUUCCUCUACACAGGUGGGUUUUUUUUUCAAUACUUCCAGUGAAAUAGGCUGGAAAAUAUUUUUUUGUUUGAAAAUACAGAUUUAUAAAACCUGACACUAAAUGAUACAAUUUCUGCCUUCAUGGUCAAUCAACCU